CUGGCCAAACGCGUCUCUGAGCAUGUGCUGCUGCUGCAGUGAAGUCAAACGUGUCAGUUACCAUCGGAGAGAGGGAGGAGAGCGAGGUCAGCUGCAGGAAAUACACCGUGAGAGGGAACCGGCACGACCAUUUCCCUGUUUUGUAGCCCGUCCUACCGCAGACCACGAUGGAUUUUCAGAGGCCUGACCCUACUCACUGAGCGCUCCAAGCCCAAACGCACGCCAACCCCCGCAUCUCCCAAGCCCACCGCUCGUAAGAGCAGUGCCCGGCAUGCCCCCCGAGCCGCUUACCGCCCUGUCGCGGUGGUACCUGUACGCCAUCCACGGCUACUUCUGCGAGGUCAUGUUCACGGCGGCGUGGGAGUUCGUGGUGCACUGCAACUGGAAGUUCCCGGGCGUGACCAGCGUGUGGGCGCUCUUCAUCUACGGCACGUGCAUCCUCAUCGUGGAGCGCAUGUACCUGCUGCUGCGGCGCCGCUGUAGGGUGCUGCUGCGCUGCACCAUCUACACGCUGUGGACCUACCUGUGGGAGUUCGGCACGGGCCUCCUCUUGCGGCAGUUCGACGCUUGCCCCUGGGACUACUCCGGCUUCAGGUACAAUUUCAUGGGGCUGAUCACCGCCGAGUACGCCGUGCCCUGGUUCUGCGCCUCCUUCAUCGUGGAGCGCCUUGUGAUCCGGAACACGCUGCGGCUGCGCUUUGACGAGGGGGCGGAGCCUGGGCGGGGCGGGGAGGACGCCUACGCUGGCAGGGGAGAGGGGGGUGAAGGUGCGUGGAGGGGGAGAGGAGCCAGAGCAGUGGCCACCAACGCUAAUGGCUACGUGAAGGUGGACUGAGUUAAGAAUGAUGUCCAGCCCCCCCUUCUUUUCGGUGUGGAAGGUGUGUUUCCCCUUUAUCUUUCCUCUUUUACCCUGACUCUGUCCCCACACUUCUCUCCAGCUCUCUUCUGCCCUGCUCUCUAGCAGAGAGAUUUCUUUCAAACACAGGUGGUGUGGAUCAAUGAAGAAAAACAAACCAAAACUUAAAAAAAAAAUAAAAAAAAAAUAAAAAAAAAAUUAAAAACCACUCCAACAAGGAAUACAACCACGAAGAGUUGUGCGGUUUUAUCUGCCCAUCUGACCGUAGUCCUCUGCUCACCCAGAGGAGUGUGCGGUGUCGCCAAUAGUGCCCCGGGCCUGGCGUGCCUCCUCCAGCUGCAGUCUUGUCGAGAGAUGAUUGAUGAGAGGAGUGUGUUGGGGCAAGUGGAGUCACGCGUCACUGUAUCAUUACCUCCCAGACCAGCCCGUCCAGCUCAGACAACGAGGUGAUGGAGGAAGGAGAGAAUAAAACAGGGUGUUGAGCCGAGGAAAUGAUAUCUUAAAAAGAAUAUGUUCACAGAAAACAUGAAAAGCUAUUAAAAAGUUUAGGCUUUGUUUUAGCAUAUUAACAAAGUCAACAGUGUGUAGUAGCAAGAGAAAAUAACUUAUGAAAUAUGAACUUACCUUUUGAAGUUUGCGUUAUUUAUUAAUAUUUAUCUGAAGUUAGAUAAGUAACUUAAGUAUAGUAUAGGCUUAGAGAAUACUGUAUACUGUGCCCUAAAGCAAUGCAUUGUACUUGAAUCUAGUGUUUUUAUACUGAUAUAAAAGAUCCCAGUGCUUGAACUUGCAUGAAAAGAGUGUCUUCCAGGUUUUUUCAUAAAAAGGCAGAUCUGAAAUGUAUUCUGUAUUCUGUUUUAAUCCAACCACAUAAACUAACACUCAACAGAGUACUGUAUAGUUUUCACUUAUACUGAUGAUCAUUAGAUAUAUGGGACAAAAAAAAUCCUGUAAGUACACAGGAGAGUGUGGUGAAAGAAGCAUGGAAAAAUGUGAUCUGGUGCUAAGUUAUCACCCUGACCACACACACACACACAAACAAACAAACAAAUAUCUCUGCAUGGAUGGAGAAGGGUCCAGACACCUUCAGUCCCACAAAUGGAAAAUAAACUGAUACUUAGAAAAAUACUGUGGCAGUGGCUACAAUGAACAGUGUAAACAUGUGGAGAACUCUUCAGUUAACAAGUACCUGUUCUAACCAUUCAUUAAAGACUUGGCAAGUGCAUGAUAAAACAUUAUGGUUGCUAAUACCAGAAAGCUUGGAACAGUUGAUUAUGAUGAAAGUGUCUGAUGCUCAAUUUUGUAUCAGAAUCCCCCAAUGUGUUAAAUAAAAACUUUGCACCAGUUUGA